AUGAAUAAUGAAGUCAUCCGCUUAGUACCCUCCCUGGCGGCAGGCACACUCACCGUCAUCAACUGUGUCAGUGUUCGUCUAUCAAUGAGGAUUCAGACUGUCUUCACAGGUGCCAAACUGUUGGCACUGGUGAUCAUCAUAGUUGCUGGAGCACUUCACUUAUGUCGAGGUGAGACAGAACUGGUGGCACAGGCACAAGAGGGACAGCACAGCCUGGGAGGCGUGGCUCUGGCACUAUACUCUGGACUGUUUGCCUACGGCGGCUGGAACUAUCUCAACUUUGUCACUGAGGAACUUAAAGACCCCCACCGGAACCUGCCACGGGCCAUCUGGGUAGCAUUACCGCUGGUGACAACAGUGUAUGUGUUGGUUAAUGUGGCCUACCUUGCAGUCCUUCCACCUUCAGAAGUUCUCUCCUCCAAUGCUGUUGCUGUUGCUUUUGGACGUGAAGUACUUGGACCACUGAAGUACACUAUUCCGGUCUUUGUGGCACUCUCCACUUUUGGGAGCCUCAAUGGCAUACUGUUUACUUCUGGACGUCUAUUUUUGGCGGGGGCUCGCGAAGGCCACCUGCCACAAGUAUUGUCUUUCAUCCACAUCCGCUCUCGCACUCCGGUUCCUGCUCUUCUUGUCACUUGCUUGCUGUCUCUAGUAAUGCUGGGUGCAGACAUCAUCUCUCUCAUCAACUGUCUAUCAUUUGUACUCUGGCUGAGCAUUGGGGCAGCAGUUGCAGCACUUCUCUGGCUGCGACGAUGCAGACCCACUCUCCAUCGUCCUAUCCAUGUGCACACAGCUUUACCUGUCAUCUUCUUGGCUGGCUGCAUCUAUCUUGUUGUUGUACCAGUAAUUACUGAACCCAUUAGCACAGGCAUGGGCAUACUAAUGACCCUCUCUGGCAUCCCCAUCUAUGUGGCAGGAGUUAUGUGGAAGAGCAAGCCACAGUGGCUCAACAACAUUCAUGAAAGGACAACAUACCUGGUACAAAGAGUAUUGCUGGUUGUGGCUACUGAAGACAAGGGAACUGAAUCUCUACUAAAUCCUUUACACUGAUAUCAUUGAAGCUAUUAUUCUGGUAAUGCUGCAAGUGCUGCAUUGGAAGAGGAGGAGAGAAAGCAGACAAGAGUAGGUACAGAGGAAAGCAAGAGGAAAGUGGUAGGUGAUGAUGGAGUUGAGAGGCAGUCAUCUGCUCUGUGUCACUACCUGCUACUAAUACAGACCCAGCCCUCAAGGAGCAACAAGUAAUCAUGGGGAAGAAUAUAACAAGAGAGGUGCAAUAAGUAAUGUAAGAUAUAUGCAACAUGAAGUACUGUAGAUGAAAAUGAAGUAAAAAAAGAAGAGGUACAGUAUAAUGAUAUAAAAAAAGGGAUAUGCAUUUUAUAAUAUUGAAUCCAGUCUAGCAGGCAUUAGCCAUUGUUUUAGAAAUUUAAUGUACAGUACAACCAACAACCUGGCUGAUCAGGUCAUUAACCAGGAGGCCUGGUCCUAGACCGGGCCACAGGUAAUGACCCCUCAUAUCAUUUACUAGUUAGGUACAAUGGUGUCACAUUUUGAAAUGUAUAUUCACAAUAUAGCAAUGUCUUUUACCUACUUCGUUGUGUGCUGCUCCAAAAUUGUAAGGAAUAGAAAAUACCUGAAGAAUAUCAUAAUGAUCAUACUUAUAACAAUGGCUGUGUUCAGGACCAGAUUAAGGCAUGGGUUUUUGGGGGCUGGAGCCCAGGGGCCUCUGCUAGCUGGAAGGCCUCCAGAGAUAUACUCAACAACUUACAGUUUACUGAUUUUUGGAAAAAUUUGUUUCAAAAAAAUUACACAAAGCAAAUAUUUGAAUUUUAAUUGUGGCUAGCCUUGUAAAAAUGAAUUUAAUAUUUCUUUAAUUUUUUCUUUUUGAAAAUAUCACUGGGGGCCUCACAGUACCUGUAGCCCAGGGGCCUCACAGUACCUGUAGCCCAGGGGCCUCACAGUACCUGUAGCCCAGGGGCCUCACAGUACCUGUAGCCCAGGGGCCUCACAGUACCUGUAGCCCAGGGGCCUCACAGUACCUGUAGCCCAGGGGCCUCACAGUACCUGUAGCCCAGGGGCCUCACAGUACCUGUAGCCCAGGGGCCUCACAGUACCUGUAGCCCAGGGGCCUCACAGUACCUGUAGCCCAGGGGCCUCACAGUACCUGUAGCCCAGGGGCCUCACAGUACCUGUAGCCCAGGGGCCUCACAGUACCUG